UAAAUAAGUAAACGCGGCAACAAGCUCGAGAAUAAAGAGAAAAUACUAAAAGUUGGUUGGGUCGUCCUCGAACCCAGCAGAGGCCGGGAGUUAUAAUUAAUUCCAGAGGGUAUUUUGCGAUUUAGAAGAGGGGGCAGCACGAAUAAAUCAAUACCGAGUCGAGCCCCCCUUAGUGUGUAACCUAUAGGGCGCGGAGACACAGCUGUAAGUGCGGUUAGACGGUUUUCCAAGGUAAAAACCUGUAAAAUCAGCCUAAAUAUAAACGAAUUACUUAUGUUUAUUGUGUAUUAAAUUUAAAAUAAGUGUUGUGGAACUGGUGCUCGAAAUACGAACAUGAAAUUACAAAAGACAGUUCGGCUUUUUGCGGAUAGACAUCUGGAGAACUUAGGCAACGUCUUUGAGACACUGUAUAAAGACAGUUUACUCACCGAUUGUGUUUUGUAUUGUAAAGAUGGAGCUAUAAAAGCCCACAAAGUGAUUUUAGCCGCGAGUAGCCGGUAUUUUAGACAAGUUUUCAUUGAUCACGCUGACGACAAUGCUAUUUUUAUGUAUGGUAUUUCGUACAUUCAGUUAAAAAACUUGGUUGAAUUGAUUUACAAAGGUCGCAUUGAUGUUCCUAGUGAUAGUUUUAAUUCCGUAUAUAAUUUAUUAGAAGAAUUAAAAGUCAAUGGAGUUGUUGUUGAUGCAACACAAGACUUAAAAUCCAAUGGUAUAGGACGAGACACAAGAUUUAAAGGUCAAAAACGUGUGGCUGUUGACUUUGAACUUAAAGAUGAUCCUCUUACAUCUACACCAAAACCUCAGCAACCACUCCCAACGGAAAACAGAAGACGCAGCUCGAGUUCAGAAUCAAUUUCCAUUAAAAGAGAAACAGAACCAGAACCAGAAAAAGAAACAAACACCGACGUAUUACCAGAUAAUGACGCACCACUUUCCUCUUCCUCCAUAAUCAAUAUUGAUAACUUAAAUGAAGACGACAAUUUCAUUGGGCAUGAAGUCUUAGAUGAUCAAGAGCAAGGAGAACAUCUUAGCGUUUGGGCGAAAAAAGAAAGAAAAUUCAAAUGUGAUUUAUGUCCCAGUAGUUUUAAGAGAGCAUCACAUCUUAGUCGACAUCAGUUAGUCCAUACAGGAGAGAGACCAUUCGCUUGUGAUCAAUGUGAUAAAGCUUUCUCAAGACAUGAUAAACUUAAGCAUCACGUACAUAAAGCCCAUGAAAUAGGCGCUCUUAAUGAAGCUCUAGGUCCAGAUUCCUUAUAUACCAUUGACCAUGUUGAUAUUCUUACGCCGGAAACCAAUAUGGUGGAGUCUUCAAGCAUCUCCUUCUUAACUCAAGAACACUCCAAACAGAAUGUGUCGACACUUUCAUCUGCUUCUGUAUCGAGUAUGGAUUUUGGGGAACCGCUUCAAAAGAAGGCGAGGGGGAGACCGAGGAAAUAUCCAGCAGUUCCAAAACCGUUGAUCAAAAGACCGAGAGGACGACCGAGAAUUAAUCCAGCUGUUGCACGGCCACUUAAACGUCAGAGAGGUAGGCCCCGGAUGACUCUUACGGGUUCUUUUGGACACGGCCAUGGUUAUCAAUCCUUCCAAAGAGAUUCGUUUGGCGAAAUGAAUUACCACUAUAAAUAUGAUAAUACCUCCAACUUUAAUUCUCAAGACAUGACAGAUAACUCAGAAUUAGAAAACGAUUCAUCGGAUCUGCACGAACAGGGAUUUAUGGAGCCGCUGGUCGAAAUAAAAACGGAAUUAGCCGAGAAACUAACCGACCAAGAGGAAGAGGAGCAGCAACAAAACGACGACGCAAACUUUUUCCAAAGAAUUGGCUUGUUUGAAAAUAAUUCGGCUGCUAUAGCUAAGAUAGGAGAAUGUACAAUUUCGAUGGCUGCCAGUUGCAGUAAUAAUACUUCUAGUAAUAAUACUUCUAAUAAUAAUAAUACCAAUAAUACUGAAGUUGUUGAUAAUUAAAUUAUAUUUAUAUGUAUUUUUAGACGACGACUAGGAGUAGUUUCGUUCGAUAUUUAUUUUUUUAUUGUCUAAUAUAAAUAUAAGUAUCAUAUUUGAAUAGAAAUAAAUAUUCAAUUACUUUACAAUAUUUUUCAGUAAUUAAUAUUUUAGAGCUUUGUUCAAGGUCUCUUCCAGAGGUUUGUCCAAACGUUAAUUAUAAAUACUUUCUGAUUAUUAAAAUUUAAAUGUUUUCUGUUUAAAAGCGGUCCUAAAGGUUGACAUACACGUUACGGUACGGCACAGCAAUCUAGCCGUCUGAUCAUCACGCACUACAAACAUGCAUUUUAAUUGAAAUGUAUUGCUGUAUGAAAAAGUUGUAUAUCUCGAACCUCAAUUUAAGGACGUGUUAAAAACAAAAAUAUCAGGGAUAAAAACAAAUUAGUUUCAUUUCUUUAUUCUACUAUAUAACAUUUAUUUUCAAAAAUAUAAAAAAAAUUCGUUCAAGGUCUUUUGUUUUAUAUUAAGUUGCGCAUACGAUAUCGAAUUGCAUUUUUUUUUUUUUUUUUUUUUUUUUUUUCGUAAAUGCAGGACCUCCAUUAACUUCUUUAUUUGAAUAUUGAUAUUAUUCUGAUAGAUCAUAAUAUUGUGAUUAGUUAACAUUUCGGAAUAUUUGAAUAUUGUCAAGUAAGUACGGGCCUAUAUUUUUUAGUUAAAAAUGUGUUGAUUAAUAGAAGCUGUAUUAUCGGUUUUAGAAAUUAUGAAUAUUAAAUACCAACGGAAAAAUUUUAAUCUAUAUGACACUAUAAAAUAUUUUUGAAAUAAAUUGGUUCGUAUUUAAUCAUUAGUGAUAGAAUUAACUAAAAAAGUAAUUACUUGAUAACACUUAUUGGAAACUAUUCUGCUGACAAAAAACCGAAAGGUUUAUAGAGGCUAUUUGAAAGUAGAAAUUAAAAAUUAAAAAGAAAAAUAUAUUUAUUUGUUUAUACAAAACGAAGUUUAAUAAAUAAAAUAGACGAUUUGAAACUUAAAAACAAUCAAACAUCUUAAUACAAUAAACAGAUCAAAAACCAACUUAAAGUUAGAUCAAAACUAAUGUAGAAAGCCUUAUUUUUUUAAAAUUUCCUUAAAUCUUAUUUGGCUUCUUCUUAAGGUUUUCGUAAUAGUCAGCUUCUGUUUAAUUUUAUUUUUUUCAACCAGUCCGAUGUCUUCAACUGGCGGAUGUACGUAUCUAUUUUUAUUUUUACGAAUUCUUUUCAAAAUGUGUGUAAAUAAAUAUUUGGUGGGGAAAUAAUGUUAGCUACAAACUUUUUCGAUCAGGUCUAUCCCCGACCUUUUUUUUGUAAUUGUCCACCAUUUUCAAGUAGCCCCUAAAAACAUAUCCAAAAAUAAAAUCAACUGCACUGAGUUUUCUGUUUAAAAUUGCCAUAUAACAAUAAAAAUCUCAAUUUAAAAGCAUUUUUUGUCGCCCAGUUUUGCUAAUACCAAUGAUGGGACAUUUCUACACUUAGGGGAAGGUGUCGUACCUUGCGACCACUUUAGCAAGUGUUCCUAAAAUGUAAUUGAAAUAACAUUUCGGUAAUAUGAUUGUUGCUAUCAUAACUUUUGACUUUUUGUCUUCACUAUGAUGAUAUGGUUCUUGAAAAAAAAAAUGAGGAAAAAUGUUAUGAAUUAAUAAAAAAAAAGUGAAAAGUCUCUCAAGGUACAACAUGGGGUUGUACCUUGAUCCAUAUGGCAAUCUACCUUGAGCCAAGAUAUAAAAACAGCAAUGACAAAAUAAAACUUUAAUGUUUUGAUUAUUUUAAAGCAUAAGAGCUAAGAUCUACGGCAAAUUUGAAAUAUGACUGCUGACGAGCCGAUCCUCCAGUGGUCAUUGGAGGAAGUAAUUUUAAAAUAACGUCUUUUUCAUCAAUCAUGUAACUUCGGGCCGAAUCAUCCAACAAAAAUGUGUUUGCCUCAGCAGCUUUUUUUAGGUUAGUGAUACAUAUUUCGGGUUUUACUGUCAAAACAUUGGCCAUAUAAUAUCCAGAGCUUUGACCAAUAGGUUUCACCUUCGUUGAUUGUUUCAGUUUCUAAUUGCUUUUCCAGUUGCUGGGCGUUUACUUCGUCAGUCAAACUAAUAUCAUCAUCAGAUUUGGACGACAAGUUCAUCUCAUCUGAUUCGUCUGUACUGUCUACGUUUUGUGCCAAUGUUGGCGCAGGUUUUUUCUUGAAAAAGUUUCUCUUAACUGUCUCAACUUUCUUUAUUAUUUUCAAAUCCUUCAAUCGUUUAGCCUCUUCGUGAAUUUUUGAGCAACGACCUUGGGAAAUGGUUUUACAGCUUCAGAGGACACAAAACUGGUAGAAGCUAAAUAAUUAUCGUCGACGUCAAGUUCUGCAGGGGUUCGAGUAAAUGAAGUGGACGGUCCAGCUUCAACCUCUGCGUUGGCUUUAGGUGGUUGAUUUAGGUUGUUGUCUUCUGGUAUAGGUCGAUAGUGACACUGGAUGGAAGAAAGUCCUCAUCGCCAAAAAUGUCUUAAUUUAAAGGAACAAUUCAAGAAAUUCUGAAUCGACUAAUAAUAUUCUUUGGAACAAAACUCAGAGGAUAAACCUUCCCUACCAUCUCGGUGAUUUCAUAAAUUCGGUUGCAUUUUAUGGCUUGUAUGGGGAUGAAAUGUGAGCAAAAUUAUACCGGCCUCUUUGCAUUUAAUUAUUUCAGGGAUGGAAACGUGACUCUCAUGAUUGCCAAUAUCAGAAUCACAGGGUCAUCAGUAGAAUGCCAAAUGAAGUGAUCCAAGAACUGGAGAAAAAGAUGCUCAUUUGACCAUCCUGAAGAAUUCGCAGCUCCAAUUGCACCAGAGGGACCCCCUUUCAACAUAAAAAUCCUUAAACUUCACCCUUGGAAAAAUGAGCAUAGGAGACACACUGUUGCCAAAGGAACUGAUUGCAGCAAUGAUGGUUACAAGGGUCCCCCUCUCAUCAGAUGUAAUACUACCAAUUUGCUUCACACCUUUUGGUGCUAACACUUUGGGUGGGACGUGAACGGUGGUAAUUCCUGUUUUGUCGCAGUUCCAUAUUCGCUCUGGGGCUAUUGUAGGUCUUCUUUCCAAUAUUUUUUAGGAAAAAAUCGAGUCACGCCCAACUUAUUAAAACCUGUUGAUCGCCCAAGGCUAGUUGCUACCGUUUUACGUAGUGAUAAUUCUUUAUUGAAUCUUUCUCUAAAGCCUGCUCGUAACCAUGACUUUCCAGCCAGUUGCUCCGCGUCCCACUUAUCCGGAUAUUUUUUCAAAUUUGCUUUCGUGUAUUGAAAGGAAAUGAUCUAACUUCGUGCAAAGUGCUGCCUGCUUUAAGUACGAGACAAGUUCAGUUUCUUCGUGUUAUUUACACCAUAGUGAACUAUGUAUUUGAACUUUUCAUCAUUGGGCCCGCGAAAUUUUUUGGCAUGCCUCAUGAGGGAAUGCCUCGACACCUUCUGUAUUUUAGCUGCUUCCCUAUAUGACACUCUAUUCUUCAAAAUUACCUCGACUGCCAUAUCACCUUUCGAGACUAAGGGCCGUUUUAAACCUCGCUUACUACUUGGCAUUAUCUGAAAUGAAGUAAUCAAGAAUAAAAUUCUAUUUUUUUUUCCUAUACCAGUUAAGUUAUACUACGAAAGUAAUGUACGUUGACCCGGUGCAAGGUACAGCACCAAGGCCUGGCUCAAGGUACAGCACACGUGUGUUUAAAUAAAUCAAGGUGAGGAUUUUUAGGUUAGGAGAUGACUAAAUAUAAUAUUAUGGUUUGAUGGCGAAGACAACAUAAUAUCUAAGAUUGUUAUCUAAGCAACAAUUAACAUGUAAUUUACAAAAAAUCUUACCUCGCUUUUUUUACUUUUCUGGCUGUAAAACAAUUUUCAUAACAAAACUCACAAAACCCUUUACAUUCAACUGAUUUUCGGGUAUAGCCAGCUACUGAAAUAUGAUAGUUCUAACACUUACGCAUGGAUGGUGUGCGACUAAAAUUAGCGCGAAAAUUGAAAGUGGCUUAAGGUACAAACCUGUGCAAGGUACGUCACUUUCCCCUACACCGAAAGUAGCAAGGACGACAAAAAAUACUUGCAAAUGGAUUUUUUUAUUUUAGACCUCUAGAAGUAAAUUAUUUCAUUGCCAAAAAAUCAUCGAUAAGAAACAAUAUUUUGAAUUUGACAGCUUACACGACAGCUUCUACCAUCGGGACAUAUUACUUCUAGUUUAACCUCCUCCCCUGUAACCAACUAAUCAAGAAAAAACCCGACAUGUUACUUUUUGCAGUCAGAUGAGAGACUAUAUGGAGUGUAGUGGAGAACUACCUGUUUUCAAAAAGUGUCCCUCAAAAUGUAUGCAAUUAAGAUGGUGUUACUGUACCAGAAUGGCGUUUGAAAGCACCUAAGGUAGUGCCAGUCGAUAAUUCAGUGCACACAAUCACUCCAAUGAUUUCUAUAGUCAUAUAGAUUGCUCGCCUAUAUGUAAAUAAGAGGGUAUAACUUAAAAACGAAAAACUACAACGCGAAAAGCGACCGAGCUUAUAAUCGUAGAGAAAUUUUGAUAAUAGAUGACAAUCGUCAAAUUUUAUUGUAAAUAUAAUAAUAUAAAUAUUCGCCAUUCUGAUCACUUUCUGAAACCUUCUUUACUGCUUUUGGGUGGACACAUUUUGAGAUAAGCAUAUGAUUUUCCUCUACACUCCAUACUCCUGGUGUGUGUAAAGCUUGACUGCUACCCCCAAGCGAGAAAGGUCAAGUUCCUUUGUUGUAUUGUCAGAAACUAAUUAAUUAAAAGCAUUUAUUCACCUGUUUUAAAAUUGUUAAACAAUACAUCAACAUAAGAUAAAAACAUACUGUACACAGUACCUAUAAGCGGAACUAGUAGUAAAUUACUGGGGCUAAGGCAAUAUCCUCGCCUGUAAUAUGUCGCAUAUUUCAAUAAUUUUGAUUCUGGUAAUCAUCCAGGCGCGGCUUAUGAGUUAUUGUAGAGGUGGAAUUGUAGAUAGUGCCGCUGGCACUAUUGGAUAGUCAAAAAAAGAACAUUUUAAAAAUCCAUACACCGAAAUUUAAUAACAUAAACAACUUGAAGCCAAACCAUUUGUUUGGGUUUUUAUUUUCACGGAACUAUGAUGCAGAUGCAGACCUAGGCGCUUUCGAGUACGUGCAUAUCAUAAAUAUAUUGGUCGGACGUCGAGAAUUACUUAUCUCUUUUCAACUUCAAAGCGGAGGCAAAUGCUGUUAUAUCUCUGACUAGUUGUAAUGCAUUUUUCCUUGUGGAUUGCUUUAUAACCCACAAGGUCAAGUUAAAAUACGGCCAGACUGGGCGGAUAAGAAUGAAUUGUAUUUAGAUAUUAGUUUUGCUCCAUUGGUAAUAAUUGGGGAAUUUUGGCAUGAAAAUGUAAUUGUACUUUUUUAAAGAUAGUUUAUUGUUAAAUAUUUAAUAUUGUUUGAAAUAAAUUAGGUGGGUCAUCGACCAAAUGACCUUAUGGAGCAACCGCGCCUGAUAGCUGCUUUCACUCCUUGUCCCAAAGGGUAUAAUUAAGGGAUUAAGGAUAUUUUCAAUCAGGAAUUGUACGUAUACGUAGAUUUGUCGUGAUUUAGUUUUGUGUUGUCACCUAAAUAGGUUGGAAAAAACUGGGUUGUCAUUCAUGGUAUGAAGUCCAGUAUUAGUCUGUGAUUUUUGUCAUAAUUCACUGGGAGAGUGUCAAAAACUAACUCCUAAACCCUCCUAAGUAACGAAAACCAAUUUAAUUUAAAAUGUAUAUAUUUCAAAAAAGGAAAAGUGGGAAUGUCACUUGAUGAGAGCAAGACUUUAGCAUUUCCUUACUUACAAUGCUGGGUGAAUUGUCCUGAAGAACAUUGACCAUAAAACGAUGAUAAUAAUAAGAAGAAGAAAAUAACAACAGAAGAACCUAAUUUCAUACUUUGUUUUUUGCAGUUAGAAAUUCCAACCACAUAUCAAAAUUCUGCCCGUGGGUUAUGAUAUGGCAACUCUGUAGGCUUCUUGUCUUUGACAGGGUCACAUAUAAUUAUUUAGAUUGCUCAAGUAGCUCGUUUUGCGAACAGCCAUAUUGCCUCGCAAGCUCAAUAGUUAGUAUCGGUUUGGCAAAAAUAUGUUUUAAAACCAAUUUUCAGCCUUUGAAUAUGGUAAAAAUAAUAAUUAUUUAAGUACAUUAUUACUUCAAGGCAUAAGUUUAUGUAUAUUUUGAAAAACAUAGAUGUUCAAUCUACAUAACUAUCUAUAUAUCAUUGACCGUGUCAAAUAACCGGGCCCACAGGGUUGCCAUUACCCACGGGCAACCAUUUUGUUUGGAGAGAAGGUAAUGACAGUUUAGAUAUGGCAACCCUGUUGUCAUUAACAGGGCCAAUGAUACAUAUAUAGUUAUAUAGAUUGCUCAAAGCUGGUCGUUUACUAGCGGCCAUAUUGCCUGGCAAAUAUUUAUUAAUUUGAAUCGGUUUAGCAAAAAUGUGUUUUAAAACCAAUUUUUAGCCUUUAGAUAUUUAAAAAAAAUAAUUGCUUACAUUUUUACUUCAAGGCAUACGCUUAUGUUUAUUUUGAAAAAUAUGGAUAAUCAAUCUAUGUAACUAUCUAUUUCAUUGACCUUGUCAAAUCACCAGGUCUACAGGGUUGCCAUAAUUUUGCAAUAUCAUAACCCGUCAAAGCCCACUGGUAGGCAUUCAGUUUGGAAUGCCUAAUUAUUUUGUGAAACGCCGGUAUGCAUUAAAAACAAUCUGCAUAGUCGACUAUAGUCGUACGGUCGUUCUGCAACUGACUUAUUUAUUUGGCAUCUAAACUAAACCAUUUGGCACCGUUUAUUUUCAAGUUAUCCCGCUGUUUUCAAGUAGCCCGGUAGUAGCUUAUAUCAAAUAAUUCAUGAUACAGGUCCGUACUAGUAAGUAAACUUACCUAGUGGUGUUCAAAUCUUCCGAAAUGUUCAAUAAUCACAAUAUGUUGUUGCAUUAUUGUAUUUAGCAUUUACAAAACGCCGUAUACAAAUUUUAAAUUCGCUGUCAUAAGCACAUAAUAUUAAAUAAAAAAUCUUAUAUUAGAGUUUGCUAUUUGUGAAAGUAAAGGUACCUACUGUAGUAGAAUAAAAAAUGGGGACCAGUUGUUUUCUAUCAAAUAUAUCUGAAACCGUCCCUGAUAUUUUGUUUGGUCCUCAAAUUGGUCUUCGAAAUAUACAAUUUUUCUCAAUUUAACCAACUUUGUGUCAUCAACAGUUUGAGAGAUAGCCAUACAUUUCAAUAAAAAAGUGUCCACCCUGUAUAACAGCGCGAUACGGCUCUAGACAAUCAUAAUAACAAUAUGUUAAUAUGACCGAGUGUAUCUCUGUAGAAGAAUUAUUAGUUGUAUUCUGGGUGCUUUACGUAUGACAAUUCAUGAUGCUUAGAUGUAAAACGAGCAUUAGGGCUACUGGAAGAAUUGGAUGAAGAAGUAGUAGGUUACAACAACACUGAUCAGAUACAAAUGUCCAGCAGGUUUAUCUUGUUUUAAUCAAUCCCAAGUGUUUCUGUUCUAGUUUUUGUCAGCAGAAUCUAGAAUUGAAUUUUUUUUCAGUCCAAAUCAUUAGUAAGUAGGUACUGUCAUGCGAGCCAUUUCGUACCAGUUCACUCCUACUCUAAUCUCUUAAGUUGCUUUACCAACUCUGGUUUCAUGCACUAAUUGUUUACAGUAUUCUAACAAUGUAACGUUUAUUUAUUUAUUUAAAUAGUUUGUUAUUUAAUUUAUUUAUACUAAAUACAACGCUAGUUUAUGUAUCUCUUACAAAUAUAGUAAUUUAUAUUGUCAAUAUUUAUGUAAACAGAAAAUUUCUAACUAAAACUUAAAACUUUAGCGAUAAAACAGUGUAUUUAUACACAUAUGUGGCUUCUGGAACAUUCCAGACGUUCUACAACUAAGAAUCAGCACCUACUAAAACAUACAUCGACUGAUCCGACAUUUUCUCACCAAAAUUAUUUUUGCUAGGUGUUUCGUCAUCAUUCCAGUACAUUCUAGAUGAAUGACGAUUCACUUUGACUGGUGAUGAUCAUGGGCGGGUAAUAUGCACUUCGGAGAUUGUAAACUUAAUUGAUUAGAGCGAGACCGUACUGAUCAAAAAUAGCUCGCAUAACAUUACUAUAAAAACUGCAAUAACGAAUUUAUGAGAACUGUCAAAAGCUAGAGCAAAGCCAACUUGAAUAUAAAUUAAUGUAAGUCUUCCAUAAAUUAUUUUGAUCAGUUUAAUAUUUUGCACGGCAAUAAGAUUUCAAAAUCGGUCUGCAUUUUCCAAUUCGUCUUCAUCUUUAUAAUAAUAUCUACUCUCCCUAAUUCAUCCCCUUACGAGUGAAAUUCAACCUCUGAAGCCGACUAAGCGAAUUGUAUAGGGGAAGGGACGGUUAUUAUUAUUUGCCGAGGCGCUCCGAGGCGACUUACAGAUGAUUGACGGCGCCAUUUGACUUACAGGUGAAGCAAACGCCACCCAUCAUCAUCGAAAACGGUAACGCAUAGCGAUUUUUAUGAUCUGGAUGUCAUAUCAUCAGAAAUUAAAUUUUUGCUAAUACGGCAUCCAUCAAAUCCUAUAGAGAACCAUGUAAAUAAGUUCACAUGGUCUUCUGUAGGAUUCGAUGUUUCUUUAUAAUGAACCAAAUUCACUGAUAUUUCUUCGUACAUUGUAUUUACUAAUAUAAAACAAAGCAUAUAAGUUUGCACAUGGUUGGUGUUAAUUAAAAUACUAAAUAUCUAAAUAAACAAGCGUUUCUGACAGCAACAUUAUAUUACUAGACUCACAUAACGGGUACGUUAUCUAGUCAAACAAUCCAAAUAACACCAACGUAAUUACCGCAUUGGUGAAGUAGCCAAACCAAUCGGUUUUUGACCGUAACGUGCCGUACUGUGCUGUAACGGUAAAAUUUGCGAAACACUUGAGAGUCAUUAUUUCUAUAUUUUUAACGAACAAAGCUUUAAGAUUACUUAUGCAGUGUCGUAGAUUUUCCCUAGUACAAUCCUAUUUCAAAAUUGUAAAUAUGAAGUUUCGUCUAGUAUUAAAGUAUUCAAAUUCACAAUUAAAAUUUACUAGUUAUGUUCUUAUAGAGGUAAUAACCAGUAUUUUAAUGAACAAUAUAGGUUAAGUUUUUUACUACUAUGUAUGUAACAACUUAUUGUGCCAUGUUUGUUCGUUAUUACUAUUAGAUUAGAUAUAAAAAGUUGAUUGUAAGAAUAAACAAUUAAAUCAUAAUUUCUAGAUUAUUUUA